AAAUGACCAAAUGGAGCCCAGCACAAAGGCCAAUAGUCCAUGACGUGUUUCUGAGCUCAACAACUACGCCUAUACCUCAGUCGUUAUAAAUGCACAGCUCCACAUUCUCAUUCUUCUUCACACCAUAUCCUUCAACAUGACCACCUUCUCUCUUUUCCUUCUUCUCUCCUUUGUUUCCUUCGCAACUUCGGCUCCCAUUCACCAGAAUUUCAUUCAGUGUCUCAUUCUCCACACCGACAAAUCCUUCCCCUUUGACUCCUCCAUUUACACUAAAAGCAGUGCUUCUUUCUCCUCCGUUCUUGAAUCCUCCGCUCAGAACUUAAGGCUGCUGGAGCCUUCUGUCCCUAAACCAGAAUUCAUAUUCACGCCUGCCACCGACGCCCAUGUCCAGGCCGCUGUUCUCUGCUCCAAAAAGAUUGGGAUUCAUCUCAGAGUGCGUAGUGGAGGCCAUGACUAUGAAGGCCUCUCUUUCGUCUCCGAGAUUGAGACCCCUUUCAUGAUUCUUGAUCUCGUCAAGCUUCGAGGUGUUGACGUUAAUAUACAAGACAACACUGCUUGGGUCCAAGCCGGUGCCACCGCCGGUGAAGUCUACUACAGAAUCGCCGAGAAAAGCUCUGUCCAUGGCUUCCCCGCUGGCCUCUGCACAAGCUUAGGCUUUGGUGGCCACAUCACAGGAGGAGCUUAUGGUGCCAUGAUGAGGAGGCAUGGGCUUGGAGUAGACAAUGUGGUGGACGCGCGGAUAGUAGAUGCCUAUGGCAGAAUCCUUGACAGAGCAGCCAUGGGAGAAGACUUGUUCUGGGCAAUCAGAGGAGGCGGAGGGGCGAGCUUUGGUAUUAUUCUGUGGUGGAAGAUCAAGCUCGUUCCUGUUCCACAGACCGUGACGGUUUUUACAGUUACAAAAACCUUAGAGCAAGGUGCCACCAAGAUCAUCCACAAAUGGCAGCAAGUGGCUCCUUACAUCGAUGACAACCUCUUCAUGAGAGUCAUCAUCCAACCUGCUGGUAACAAAACUCAAAGAACCAUCACCACUUCCUACAACGCCCUCUUCCUGGGAAACUCCAGAACGCUCCUUGAUCUCGUGAAGCAGAACUUUCCCGAAUUGGGUCUUACAAGAAAAGAUUGCCUGGAAGUCAGCUGGAUCAGGUCUGUCCUUUACAUUGCUGGCUACCCAAAUGACGCGCCCUUGGAGGUCCUUCUUCAAGGAAAAUCAUCAUUCAAGAACUUCUUCAAAGCCAAAUCAGAUUUCGUGAGAGAACCCAUUCCAGAAGAAGGGCUUGAAGGAUUGUGGACCAGGCUGAAAGAAGAAGAUAGCCCUUUGAUGAUUUGGAACCCAUAUGGAGGAGCCAUGAGCAGAGUGUCAGAAACGGAGACCCCAUUUCCUCAUAACACAGGUUAUAUAGAAGCAAGCGGGUGGGGGAUGUAUUUCAAGGAUAACUUCAAUAGGUUGGUGAAGAUAAAGACCAAGUUUGAUCCGGAGAACGUGUUCAGGCAUGAACAGAGCAUCCCACCACUUCCUGUUUCAUCAGCUGCCAGCAGUAUCAGCUAAAUAAAUGGAUGAGCUUCAUUUUAGAGAAUUGAGUGUUGUAUAAUACUUGAUGGUUGUAAUUAAAUGGUUGAUGUGUUAUUUUGUGUUUGGUAUGUGACAGCGACUGAUGAAGGUAGUCUUGCUUUUGUAGAAAGAACGUAUGGGUGAUUCCUAUGUCAGAUUGCUUUCCCUGAAAAUCACAGCAUUCUCCGUGUAUGAAAUGAAUAGCAAUUUCCAGCUACUUAGAGAGUUCAUGUUGGUCA